AAGUUUUUAUGAAAGCCUAAGUGACAUGAUGGAUAUGCAUAGAAAUAAGAAGGACUGCCCUAUUCACACUGGCGAUUUAUACCACCACAAGACGCAGGAAAUGAGAACUGCUGCUGAAGCGUCUGAGAAACAUUCGCCAAGUUCCAGAGAUGUUAUGGGUACUUCUCAUGUUGAUGUUGUGCAAUCUUGUCCAAGUGAAAUGUACAAAGUUGCUGUCCCUGUCCGUACAAUUCUUCCCAACCCCAAGAAAUCUCUACUGCCGUCUGAUAAACCCUUCUCCUGUGAUGUCUGUGGUAAAAAAUUUGCACGAUUCAAUAUUUUGCAGAAUCACAAAAAACUACAUUCAGUACAUAAUCCCACUGUUGGUGCCUUGCAACCUAGUGAAAAGCCAUUUUUCUAUGACAUCAGCAAUAACUUUGGUGCCCCAACCCAUCAUCACACUCACGCACCACACACUGCACAUGCUCCAUUUGUUCCAUCUUGGGACCUUGUCGAAAUGCACAAGUUAGCUUAUGAACGUAUGCAGGCAGCAAAUGCAUCAACCUCUGAAACGCUCUCUGGCUCUGAAUCUAAGUACCCUCCACUUGCAGAACUGUAUCCCACACUACCAUCAUCUACUCAGUCUAACUCUCGUGGUGAACGCUCACAUGAUUUCUUAACAUUCCGUGACAAUAUGGGGACCUCACAUGAGACUGUCGCUUCUCCAAGUUCAACCCCAAUCAUUACUCCUUAUCCAACAGAUUCGCCUUCAAAUAAUCAUUUCAACUGUGUGCCUUCUUCUGCCUCUGAAAAAUCCUUUGUCUGUGACAUCUGCAAAAAGUGCUUUGCUCGACGUGAUACACUGCAAUGUCAUAGAAGAAUUCAUGAUAAUGAGAAACCAUUUGGUUGUGAGACUUGUGGCAAGAAGUUUUCUCGUCGGGACAAACUCCAGUCUCACCUCCGUGUGCAUUCAGGAGAGAGGCCAUUUCCCUGCAAUAUCUGCGGGAAAGCAUUUGCUCAGUCAGACAAGCUCAAGUGCCAUAUUCGCACACACACAGGGGAGAAACCUCAUCCAUGUGACCUGUGCCCUAAAAGAUUUGCAAGGAGGGAUACCCUCCAGUGUCAUAGGCGGACACAUACCGGUGAGAAACCGUUCAUGUGUGACACAUGCGAAAAGCGAUUUUCACGUCGGGAUAAACUGACAUGUCACAGGCGCGUGCACACAGGCGAGAAGCCAUUUGGAUGUGAAGUCUGUGGCAAACAGUUUGCUCGUUCUGAUAAGUUGCACCGACACAAACGUACUCAUGACCCAACAAAAAUCAAAUCCUUACUUUCAAUUCCAACUUCUGAUGGUAACAACAGCAGCCAAACCGAAAACCUAUCUCCAUUGAACAAAACUCUUUACUCUCAUCAAGCACUUGCCUCUGUACUCCCUACAGCUAAAGAUUACUCAUCUAUGAGUACCAACAUUUGGCAAUCACUCUUUAUUUGAUAAAAUGUCUUGCUCAUCAUCCUG